GGGAGUACACCAGUUCGUUUUUGGAUGUGAGACGCUGUUCAGCCUUCGGUGUCGCACAACCCAAACCAUUUGAUCCGAUACGAGAGAAAAUUCGUACUUUUUUACUCGCAGAUUUAAAAAAGUGUUUGAGUUCUUCAAAGGAUAAACGAGUUCUUGCGGCGAGAGAAGAAACCAUCGGCAAAUUAUAUUGAUGGAUUACAAAUUGCUAGUGCUCAUUGCAUUUGCAUCUUAUUGCUGUGCUGUGGAACUGCAGUGCCCACAGGAAUGCAAAUGUAGGGCCUCGAGGUUGAACAAAAUCUUUGCGACCUGUACGACAAUCGACCCGACCGUCCAAUUCCAGAGUGAAGUGAAUCACCUGGUCAUUGUGAAUCAGCAUCAUGACAAUGGGCUUGUCCUCGGCGAUAGAAUCUUCAUCGAUGCGAACCUGCGUGAACUUGAGACCAUCAGGAUAACGAAUAGCAGUUUGAAGGAGGUCCAUUUCAAUGCUUUCCACGGGUUGAAGAAACUGUCUCAUGUCGAUCUUUCAAACAACAAUUUGACGACGAUAGAUGCAGACACAUUCUUAAAUAAUAAGAAGCUAAAGCAUGUAGUCUUGAACGGAAACCCGAUUCAAAUGAAGCCGAAACAAAAAAGCUUCCUGAACUCUGAAUCCGUUCUUGAACUCUUGCUUGUUAACUGCAACAUUGGCCACAUCCCACCGGGUGUAUUCGCCUCUUUGAAGAACUUGGAGUUUUUAGACCUCCGCAACAACAAACUGACAGAAAUCAAUGCGGAUACUUUUGGAAUGAUGAUCAACCUGGAAAGCAUCGACCUUGGAGACAACUCCAUAUCGAAAAUUGACAAAGACGCCUUCGCCGAUAUUGAUGACUUGACAGUCCUUUCUUUAAGGGGAAAUAAAAUCAAAACAAUAGAAGGAAUUGACAUUGAAACUUUAAAAGAACUCGAUUUAAGCGAUUGCCAAUUCACAACUCUCCUGGCAGAUACAUUCGCUGGAUUUCCAGACAUUUACACUCUCAACCUGAGCGGUAAUGCAAUUACAGACAUUAACAAAGAUACUUUUACUGAUUUGAGUUCACUUAGAUACUUGGACUUGAGCCGUAACAACAUUCAAGGACCUCUUGACCCCUUUUUAUUUGAAUUUAAUCGUCAGCUUGAAACAAUCUCAUUCGCCGGAAACAACGAUUUGUUUAGUUUCCCAGGUUUCCAAACAGAAUUCUCUUCCUUAUACAAUUUAGAUCUGUCAGGAUGUGGUCUUACGAGUCUCACACCGAAUUCAUUCAAGGGAAUGCCUUUCAUCGAUACACUGAACAUCAGUGGUAACCAUCUUGGACAUAUCCCGCCUAAAGCGUUUUACUCUAUUCCCCAUUUGACAGUAUUAGAUAUUUCUAGAAACAAACUUUUCGGACUUAACAACAAGAUAUUUUUCAAUAACCCACAUUUACACAAACUCUAUGUGUCUCAUAAUAACUUCAAUUUGUUGCCUGCUAUUCUGUUUAGCGGUACCCCAACAUUAUCUGUGCUCGAUAUGAGUUACAAUCACAUUUACCGUCUGUGGAACAUAAGCGAAUCUUACGUCAUGAAAAAUAGAAACAUCCUUAGUAAAUUAAUCUAUUUGAACACUGCAGGAAAUAGAUUGAAGUCACUGCAUAUGCAUUCUUUUAUUAGCAUGAGAAAUUUGGAGACACUCGACAUUUCAAACAACCCGAUCGUCUGCACACAAGAUUUCAGCCAUGUUAUGCAAUGGCUGAUUGGCAAGAAGGUCGUGCCAAGCCUCGAAAUGAGAAGAGACCCUGAAAGCUUAAAUUUGAUCAAUAACAACAUUCAAUGGGAAGAGAUUCUGAACGAAAUGUGCCCCCUGGAACACGAGAGUAAGAACAAUGCUUAUAAAACCCAGUCCUUGGUGAACCAACUGAAAAUUCAUGCUGCAAAAAAUAGAGAGAGAGAAGAAAUUAAGAUCACAGAAAACCCAGAAAUGAUUGAAACUGGGCCUUAUACAAUAACGCCACUCCCGGAUGAAUCGAAUUUGGUAUGGCCGAUGGUUUUAAUCUGGAUCUCGAUCCUUUCCAUCAUACUUGCCGUUGGAAACCUUGUCGCAUUCUUCAUAUAUAGGUCCCGCAGGAACUACGGCUCUACGACCUACACUCCAGCUCCAUCUCUCAGCGGACACUUCUUAGUAAGACGAGGAGGAAGAUCGGUUUACAAAAAACUCUAUGCUGACUGCAGCGAACCGGCCCAAGUACAUACAAAUAACCCUUCAAAAAUAAUAACCAUUCUCGGCUUCUCUCAAAACAGCAAACUCAAUUCAAAUGUGUGACAAACAUAUUAUUUUCAAAGUACUUAAAUGCAACUAAGUCAGUAGAUUAUAAUUCCAAACAGAGGUACUUGUUACCAUCUACUAUUAAAAAGAGUAGAAAAUCAUCUUCAUACAUUGGUAAAAUAACAAAUUAAAAAUUCCAAACAAAACAUAGCCAAUUGUUUACACUACGCUUUUUAUAAUUUCUUAACUAUUGCCAUCAGUACUUAUAUUUUAAUAUGUUGUACUGUGUAUAAAAUGUAUA